AUGUCAAUACCUAUUCCCUCCGCCGGCCUUCCAUCCCCGCGCCUUCUCUUUAUCGCCUCAAUUGGCAAUCCUAAACCCUACCUCACCACCCGUCACAGCGCCGGCCACAUCCUCCUCGACGCCGUAUCCCCACUCCUACAUGCUCGCCUCGCACCACCAUCACCACCACCCCCCUUCUCGCAAUACACUACCUAUCGCAGCCCCUCUCUUAUGAACAUCUCCGGUCCCAAACUCGUCAAGGCCCUACGGAAAUGGCUCGCGCAAACGCCACCGCUGACCCCGACCACCCUGGUUUUGCUGCACGACGAGCUUGAGGCCACGUUGGGCCGCGUGCGCGUGAAGCGCGGCGGGCCCGAGGCCGCCUCACUACGCGGCCAUCGUGGCCUGCGCAGCGUGUUCGACAGUCUGCACGGCGCGGGCCUGUGGCCAUCACGCGCGCGCGAGUUCCAGGUGCUGCGCAUCGGCGUCGGCAUUGGGCGGCCGACGGGGAGGGAGAAGGGCGCGGUGGCGGAUUAUGUGUUGACAGAGAUGGAGCCGGGUGAGCUGGCGGCAGUGCGGGGAGCCGCGGCGCAGGUGAUGGAUGUGUUGGAGGGCGAGUUGCUGGGGAAGAGCGAGGGAGGAUUGGAAGGUAGGCGGGUGUCGACGACGUCGAGGCGGAAUGUGAGUGGCAGGGGAGGAAGCUCGCCUGUUGAAGGGGCAUGA